AAAACUUUAGAAGCCUCCAUCACCACAUUUCCUGUUUGUAACUGAACAAAGGACACACAAAAGAUUUGAAGAAACAGAAGAGAAGAAAAAAAUUGUGAGGUACUGAUAAAGACAAGUUUUGCUGACAUGCUGCUAACAUAACCAAGCAACAUUAAUCGGAAGAAAAAGUUUGUGGAAGCAUUUUUAAUACAUAAGAUUUGCCUAUGGCUACAUAAGGAUUUUUCUGAAAAAAAGAAGCAUGUCAGGAAAUGCUGCAUGCCCCUUUUAUCUCUGGGGACUUCUAGCCUUCUUGGGUCUGGCUCUGGUCAUAUCGUUGAUCUUCAACAUUUCCCACUGUGUGCAAAAGCAGCGACAAGAUAAAAUGUACAGGUACUCCGAUGACUACAUUCCCAGGGUUGAUGAGUAUUAUAAUGAAGACGACAUACCAAUUUAUGGUAAUUUAGAUAAUAUGACUUCAGAACCAAUGGAUGAAAAUUGCUAUGAACAAAUGAAAGCCCGACCAGAGAGAGCUGUAAAUGAGAUGCAAGAAGCCUCCCCAUCUGCACAGGUGAUUGGUGAAACACAGAUGUUCUACGCCUCUCUUGAUCACAGCUUUAAGGGGAAGCGGAGAAAGCCCAGAAAACAGAAUACUCACUUGUCAGACAAGGAUGAAGAUAUGCAGUUACAUGCAAUGGAUGCCAGCAUUUCUAAGGCCACUUCAGUCAACAGUUUCUCACCAGAAAUCCAGGCAAUAGAAGAAAACAUUCAUGAUGAUCCCAUCAGACUGUUUGGAUUGAUUCAUGCUAAGAAAGAACCUAUACCCUAGCUGGACUAUGAUCUGGAGCAACGAUUUGGCUCUUAUUGGAGAUGGUUGUUAGGAUUCCCACAUGACACAAAAUGACCUGGUGCAGGGUCUUAUUCAGAGCUCACACUCAUGUACAGCAAAUGUAAUGUCAUGAAAAUUAGUUACGUCAAUUCACUUAAAAGUGCUUAAAUAGUAAAAUGUAGAAUAAAAUCCAGUUUGCAAAUGAGCCUGAUAACAAUGUUACAACAUCACAAUAAUACCUAAUACUCAGGGAAAUAAAAUUUUUUUAAGCAUAUAUGUGUUUUGAAACAACAUGAAAGAAAAAAGCCAAUGAAUGAUUUAAAAACUUUUCUCCUUUCUCAUCAAUAUGAAAUGGUCCACAAUUGGAAGAAACUUCUGAUUGAAAAAUAUAGGAGACAUUAAAAUACAUCAUUAGGUGGUUUAUGCUUCUUAGGAGGUAUUUUUCCCAAAUGGAGAUAGUUUCACUAGUUCAAAAAUUAUUGUAAAAUUAAUGCAUGCUCCUUGCAAUAAUAAACAAAUAUCAAAAAGAAUUUAGAAAUCCCACUAGCCAAAGAUAAUCACUAUGAGAAACUUUCUAUACAUUCUUCUAGACAUUUUUCUGGGCAUGCCCAUGUAUAUACAUUUGGUUUUUUAUUUUUAAUAAGAAGGAUAUUUUAUAUUAUUUAAACUUUCUUUACCUAGCAAUAUACUGUGGAUUUAUUUCCACUGUUACAUUUAACUAUAUCUAAAUAUAGUUAUAUAUCAUAAUUUUUAUUUUUAACAUCCCAUUGAUGACUUCAUCAGAAUUUAUUUAAAUAAUUUUGAAUGACAUUGAUCUUGUUUCUAACUUCUAUGUUUUGCUUUUACAAACAAUAUUGUAAGGAAUUCUUCUCCACAUGUCUGGAUACUUGUUUAAUUUUUUUUUUUAGGCUAAAUGCCUAGAAAAGGAAUUGCUAUAUUAAAAGGUAUUCGUAUUAUGAAUCUCCUUAGGACAGUUUCUGAAAGGUCAAGAGGUGGUCCAAAAUGUGCAUCCAAUUUAAAUUCUGAUAAAUGUUCCUAAGUUUUCCUCCAAAACAUUAUUUUUUAAAAAAAACUUUUAUAUUUUUCCAGUGAGAAAGGGUGAUUAAUUAGGGCUUAUGAUAAAUAUCUUUAAUUUAUCAUAGUCUACAUCCAAAUGAUACAGCACUUUGAUAUAGUACUGUAUCUUAAAACAAUAUAUUUCUAUUUCUUCCUUUCUGGCCUUGUGCUAUGGAUUUUAUAUAUUUUAUAUAUUGUUAUUUUUCUCCUUAAUUGCCAUUUUAAAAAAGAUUAAAAUAAUAAAAAUUAUCUUCAUAUGUAUCCAUGUAGUCAAAAUGUCUAGAACUCUCCAGUAUUUUGUAUAGACCCAGGUUCUGUUGUUGUAUUAUUCUUCAGCAUAAAGGACUUCCUUUAGCGUUUAUUGUACUUCAGGUCAACUGGUGAUGAAUUCCCUUAGCUUUCAUAUGUCUGAAAUAGUCUAUUUGUUUUCAUCUUUGAAAGAUAUUUUUUGGCAAAAAAUUUCAAGGUUGAGUUAAUGUUUCUUUCAGUAAUUUAAAGAUGUUACUUCACUGUCUCCUCACCUGUAUUGUUUCUGAUGAAAAAGCUACUGUAAUACUUGCUUUUAUCCUUCUGUACGUUAUAAUUGUUUUUCUGAGAUUUUUC